AUGAAACGCCAAAACGUUCGGACGUUGUCGCUGAUUGUUUGCACGUUAACCUACCUACUUAUUGGUGCCGCUGUAUUUGAUGCGCUCGAAUCGGACAACGAAAUGCAACAGAGAGCAUUGGUGAUGAAAGUGAAGGAGCGCCUUACAAAUAAGUACAAUAUCAGCGAAACGGAUUAUCAGGUGCUGGAGGCGAUUAUCAUGAGGUCCAUACCUCAUCGAGCUGGUCAUCAGUGGAAAUUCAGUGGUGCCUUUUAUUUUGCUACUACUGUCAUCACUACUAUUGGUAAGAUUUCUGGUUCAGUUUACUCCUAA